CAGAGCAUGUGUGAUCCGCUGAGGCUGCUGCUUUCCUGGGACCCAGAGGUUGCAUGCCUCUCCCCGGCCGGACCUUAAAGCCGGGGGCUGCGAGGACGCGGCGGCGGCGGAGGAGGCAAAGGGCAGGUGGAGAUAGGCCGGGCGCCCCUUUCCGAGGGUGAAGGGCCCCGGCUCCGUGGGGGUCAUGGCAGCGCUGGCGGACAGAGUACGAGGCAGCGGGCGCAUCGCCGCCGGGCUCCUGCUCAACCUACUGGUGUCCAUAUGCAUCGUGUUUCUUAACAAAUGGAUCUAUGUCCACUACGGCUUCCCCAACAUGAGCCUGACCCUGGUGCACUUCGUGGUAACUUGGCUGGGCUUGUACGUCUGCCAGAAACUGGACAUGUUUGCCCCCAAAAGUCUGCCGCCUUCCAAGAUCCUCCUCCUGGCCCUCAGCUUCUGUGGCUUCGUGGUCUUCACCAACUUAUCUCUGCAGAACAACACCAUAGGCACCUAUCAGCUGGCCAAGGCCAUGACAACGCCGGUAAUCAUAGUCAUCCAGACCUUCUGCUAUAAGAAAACCUUCUCCACCAAAAUACAGCUCACGCUGAUUCCUAUAACUGUAGGUGUAAUCCUAAAUUCUUAUUACGAUGUGAAGUUUAAUUUCCUUGGAACGGUGUUUGCUGCUCUUGGUGUUUUAGUUACAUCCCUUUAUCAAGUGUGGGUAGGAGCCAAACAGCAUGAAUUGCAAGUAAACUCGAUGCAGUUGCUGUACUACCAGGCCCCGAUGUCAUCUGCCAUGUUGCUGGUCGCCGUGCCCUUCUUUGAGCCAGUGUUCGCAGAAGGAGGAAUGUUUGGUCCCUGGUCAGUCUCUGCUUUGCUGAUGGUCCUGCUCUCUGGAGUAAUAGCUUUCAUGGUGAACUUAUCGAUUUAUUGGAUCAUUGGGAACACUUCACCAGUCACCUAUAACAUGUUUGGACACUUCAAGUUCUGCAUUACUUUAUUUGGAGGAUAUGUUUUAUUUAAGGAUCCAUUGUCCAUUAAUCAGGGUCUUGGCAUGUUAUGUACACUAUUUGGCAUUCUUGCCUAUACCCAUUUUAAACUCAGUGAACAGGAAGGAAGUAAGAGUAAAUUGGUGCAACGUCCUUAAUUAGGUUUUCGUAGAGAAAAGGAAGUCGCCUGAAGAAGAUUAAAAAAAAAGUAUUAAGUGUGCAAGUUACUUUCAAAGAUGAAACAAAAAUUAUAUUGCAAAAUACAUUAAAUGAUGGUUUGAAAGAAGUUAAGCAAAGGAAAUUUUAUUCAUAAAUAUGACUUUCUUGGGACUUACCUGGUGGUCCAGUGGUUGGGACUCCACGCUUUCACUGCCAAGGGUGCAGGUUCGAUCUCUGGUCAGGGAACUAAGAUCACACAAGCUGUGUGGCACAGCCAAAAAUUUAAAAAAUUUUUAAAUAAAAAUAAAAUAAAAUAAAUAUCACCUUCUCUUUUAGAGUACCUUUUUUAAAAAACGUAAUUCUCUAAAACAUGGCUGAUGCUUCUUUUCAAAGAUGAUUCUAUGAAGUACACAGAAUGUUUGGUUAUGUCAAAUGAAGUACAUGAAAUUAAAGUUCUGUAAUGGUGACAAAGGAAUUCAGAUCACUGUACUACAAACGUGUAGUG